UCUCCCUUCCCAUCGCCUCAUCGGCGUCCGAAACCGAUCUCGCCGCCUCUCCCGGUCUCCCCACUUCGAUUCACCACUCCUCCCAGUUCACCUUCCCAUCCCUCGCCUCCGCAUCCAUCCAACUGUGGCGAGCUCCGAAUCCGCGCACCGAGCCACCGACAGGCGGCUAAACCCUAGCGCGCCGCCGCCAUGGAUUCGGCGGUGCUCUCACUCACCUGCGCGGGCCUCGGCGCCGCGCAGGAGGACGAGGACGGCGCCGUCAUCGGCUACGCCAAGAGCGAGCACUGCCUAGAUAAUCUGAAGGAUCUGCAGAGAUUCCUGCGGCGGGACGACCCGCAGCGGCGGGAGGUUUUCAAGCAGGUCUGCAAGUGGAAGAUUGCGUCUAGAGAUCUGGUGCCCAUCAUUGAGAAUUACCAGACCGACCGCAAUCUGGUGGUCACUGCGGUGAAAGUACUGGUGUUCCUUACAAUGCCCGUGGAGCCCUCGUCAGAGGAAGUUGCACAACAGAUAGAGUAUCUGUGGGAUUUGAAGGCUGCACUGACACGCAAUGUUGCAAUGACAGUCAUUGUGUCUCUUCUUGAAGAUCCGUUGGAUCGCUUGGAAAGAACUUCAUUCACAGAAGAUGACUGGAAGUUAGUUCAGUUGGUGCUUACUUUGUUCCGCAACGUCUUGGCUAUUCAAGAAAUCACAUUGUCUCAGAAGGCAUCUGGAGAAGCUACUCACUUACUCUUCCUGGCUGACAGCUUUUUGGAGCUCAUGUUCCAAGAGAAUGUGAUGGACAUAAUCUUAGUGCUAACUCAGCAUAUUGAUGAGCCCUCUGGUUAUCUUAAGGAGGAAAACCUUCUUUUGAUGGAGAUAUAUCAUUAUCUCUUCUUAGGUCGAGAUCCAGGAUUGAUUGCCCGAGCUUCUAAUAAAGGUUCAAAGGAGCAGGUUAACGGAGAUAUUGAUUCUUCAGUUGAUUCAUUGAGAUUGAUGAUGGAGGAGGAAGAAAGGAAAAAAAGAAUGUUCAGGCAACGCAACUCCGAGCAUAACUCACUCAGUGGGACUUUUACACGCUUUUCAGUGGAUGGAUCUAAAUCAUUGUGCAAAGGGAACCCAAGUUCUGCAGCUGCAAACAGCCUCUUGAAAAUACAUAAUGUACAAAAAGGUCCCCGGAAAAGGAUAGCCUGGGACAAUGAACUUCUGUACAUACCAAAGGAGGGUAUUACAGAAAUGCUUAGAAGCUUCCUGGAUCAAUUUUUAUCUGGAGCAUACAAUAUCCUCAUGCAGUCAGUUUGUGAUGAUAUCAUGAAUGAGCACCAUUCUAUUGAGAAAUCCGAUAUAUCUACAUUCUUCAAAGUUGCUCGAUUUGUCUUAGCUUUCCAACAUGAGAAGGCUUCAAAUGACCAGAAAUCUGUUAAAGGGAUCCAACCAUCUGAGGUUUCGCCUAGCAAUGAACAUGAUGAUAAUCUGCCGUUCCAUGGUGAUAUAUGUGGGCCUGUUGCAGCCACAUUGAAUGAAGAUAUGUUCAAUAUAGUCAUUUCCAGGUGGCGUGAGGCAUAUGAGAGCCUGAAGGAAACUAACGACUACAAAACUCUUUCAGCAGCUGGGUCUUUAAUGAAAACCAUGAUUGACAUGAUAUAUUUGGUGCUAAAAGUACUUCCUGAAGAUUCAAGGGAAUCUCAGACAGCUCGUGUUUUACUGUACAAACUGUUCUAUGAUCAGACAGAACAAGGUCUCACUCAAUUUCUGCUGAACUUGUUCAGAUCAUUUGAUAGUCACAAGCAACCUAAAAGUGAUCUAGCAGAUUUAUUAGAAACAAUUCAUAUUAUGCUACAGCUCAUGGAAAAGCUUCAAGCACGCGGUGCAUUAAGGGUUGCGAAAAGGACAAAAAAGGGUAGAAGAAAGAAGGAAAGAAAUGAUAAAAACGAGAUUUCAGAACCAAAAGCGGAAUAUGUGGAACCAAACUGUGCUGAUCCAACAGAUAGGACCAAAUCCCCACCUGAAUCAGUUCCAGAUUUGAGACCUGAGGAUCCUGCUGUAGAACCUUCUCCCUCGGAGCAAGGAGAAGUCAAUACCAGUGGCGCACAUGUACCGGAUACGCUUGUGGACACUGCAGCUAAUAUGGAGAGUAAUGCUAAUGCUGAAGGUGACCCACCUUGCACAGACAGUGUAAUGAAAACAAAUCUCAUUGGUGAAGAGGGUGAGACAUCAGAUUCUUCAAUUGAUGAUCACCAGCCUGCUACAAGUGAAGUUGAUUUUAAUGUUUCCAGAUUAAUAUCUAGCCUUGCAAACAAUUCCGUCGUGCAAAACGUUUGCUGGUUGUUGAAGCAUUACAAAAGUAACUCCUAUCGCACAAACCAUUACAUAAUAUGCAUGCUUCAGAGAUUCUGUGAAGAUCUCGAGUUGUCACCAAUGCUCUAUCAGCUAUCACUUUUAACUACAUUCUAUGAUAUACUAGCCGAACAGAAAUUGUCUAGUUCAAAGGAGUACACAAACAUUGUAAAUUUUCUUUCUAAAGUUGUGAGGAAAAUGUUGAAGGCGAUGAGAAAACAGCCAUUGCUAUUUGUUGACAUAUUAUUUUGGAAGACGCGCAAGGAGUGCCAUUGCAUCGAUGCAGAUGCACUACUGAAUGAGCUUAAGAAUGAUGUUGGAAACAAGAAUGGUGGAAUUGGAUCAAGUAAGGGAUGGAGAGGUCCAAUAAAUAUAGCAGAUUCGCUUGGUGACGAUGAAGCUGAUCUGGUUAUACCGCAGGCACCAUAUGACGCUGACAAUGAUGGAGACUUAUCAGCUGGUGAACAUGGGGAUGAUUUUCGGAAGAGUAGUACUACGUAUAAAAGGAGCAGAUUAAUGUCACUUUCAGACAGUGAAGCUGAGGAAAAUGAGAGGAACCAUGUAUCAAGAGGUUCACUGAACUCAGAAGUUCCAAAAAGACGAGGUCAUUCUAUUUUUACUGAAGAGCAAGAGAAGCUUAUCAGAGAUCUUUAUGAAAAAUAUAAGGAUGAUCGUAAAUGCAGUCAUCUAAUAGCUGAGGCUUUAGACUCCACUGGGAAGAUAUCUUCUACUCAAGUUUCUCGCAAGCUUACACAAUUAGGUCUCAGGAAUACCAUAAGGAGAAAAAAGGUUGCAGAUGGAUCUCUCUCAAGUGGAGAUCUGGCUACGGAAUCACAAAAUGACUCACUUGAUGAUCUGAACCACAUGCUAAGCGAACAUAACCCUGAUUCCAAGCCUAAAAGCUCCCGCACUAGAAGGAAAAGGUUACACAGAUCAAGCCAUGGCCAUGAUGACACAACUCAUGGAAGAUCAUCUGAUGAAGAAACGUUACAAGUACUUAAAAGCAGAGCGAAAAAUAAGAAGCUUCCCUUGGUGGAUAGUUCAUUGAGUGCAUCACAGCAUCAGGAAGCUCAGCAAGAUCCAGGCUCUGAUGAUGCAACCAUAGGAUCCAUGAUUAGAACUGGAAAAAAGAAGAGGUUAUCCACAUCAGAGUUUGAAGGGAAAGUACAAAACCAUCAAGAAUCUUCAAAAAACAGAAACACCAAGGAUUCUUCACCGAGUAUAUCGCAACAUAAAAAAACUAUGGAAGACAAUUAUCCUGAUGAUGAGACCAUAGGAUCCAUGCUUAGAAAUGGAAAAAAGAAGAGGUUAGUGGUGUCAAACUUCUCAGCGAAUAUACAAGACCAAGAAUCUCUGAGAAACAUUGACCUGCAUGAUGAGACUAUUCCUUCUAAUAUCAUGGAUGCUUCUCUAAUUCAUGAGCCUGAUUCAGUGGUUAACAGUGGCAAUACUGGUGAAGCUGAACUUCUGGAUGACUUUGACGUUGAGCCAGAUAAUCCUGAAAAUACUGACCAAAGGAUCACUGAUGAUGUAAAUUUCAGUGAAUCAGGAGACACAACAAACGCUGAGGCUAAUCAAAGGGCUGGUUUAAAAAGAAGACACAGGUUGGUAAUUGAUGAUGACGAUGAUGAUGAGUAACUGUCCAGGUUGGGAGAUCGAAAUCAAAAGUGGGAUAAAAAAGCUGUUCAGAUGAUAUGAUGCUAUUUUCCUCCGUCCUGCUGGCUCUUAGCAGGGACCUGGCAGGAUCACACUUCCCAGUGCCAGUUACCCAAAACUUCAUUUUGAUCUGCAAUUUCAUUUGUAAUAGUUGGUUGGAUCACAAUCAAAUGGAAUUAGGCAGAUGCAAAGUUCAGGCUGUUGAGCUGUGUGGCCUCUUGUACAUAAUCUUUUUAGGGGUGUUCUGAUGCUAGUCGUGGCUACUGUCAGUUGAAACUACCAAUGUAACUAUGAAAGGUAAUUGGUUAUGGAACUCCCCUAUAGAGUUCGUUUUC